GCCAGAAAAAAGUAAUGUUCCUGUCCUCAUACCAGACCCAGCAGCUCCUCAGCAGCCACAUCAAAGCAAUUUGGUCAGGACAGGAGGCCAGUCUGGUAACAGGGACACCUAGCAAGCGUGUCCCCCAUGGAGCAGGUCAGUCCUCUGCUCUGGUCACUCUCAGCAGACAGGACCCCUGAGACUUGCAGAAGCCACCACGGAGGGACAACCAUGGCAAACAUGGGUGUUCUGGAUUGUGGGGUAACUGAGCUGUCAGGAAAUGGGGUGUCUUUCCUCCCUGUCUCUGCUAUGGUGGCUCUUGUUCCAUUUGCUAACCGUAUCCCUCUCCCUGUUCAUCUCCCUGGCUGGCGGCACCGGGUGCCAGGCGUGGUGACUGUGAGGUCUGGGGUCGUCAUCGACCGGGAGGCCUUCUCGCCCCCAUUCCUGGAGUUGCUGCUGUUGGCUGAGGACGUGGGACAACUCAAUGGCACGGCCCACCUGUUCAUCACUAUCCUAGAUGACAAUGACAACUGGCCCACCUUCAGUCCUCCUGCUUACACUGUCCACCUGCUGGAGAACUGCCCACCAGGAUUCUCAGUCCUUCAGGUCACAGCCACUGAUGAGGACAGUGGCCUCAAUGGGGAGCUGGUCUACCGAAUAGAAGCCGGGGCUCAGGACCGCUUCUUCAUCCAUCCAGUCACAGGAGUCAUCCGUGUUGGCAAUGCCACCAUCGACAGAGAAGAGCAGGAAUCCUACAGGCUGACGGUGGUGGCCACCGACCGGGGCACUGUUCCCUUGUCGGGCACAGCCACCGUCACCAUCCUAAUCGAUGACAUCAAUGACUCCCGCCCCGAGUUCCUCAACCCUAUCCAGACAGUGAGCGUGCUGGAAUCCACAGAGCCAGGCACUGUCAUUGCUAACGUCACUGCCAUCGACCUCGACCUCAACCCCAAACUGGAGUAUCACAUCCUUAGCAUCGUGGCCAAGGACGACACCGACCGCCUGGUGCCUGACCAGGAAGAUGCCUUUGCUGUGAAUAUCAAUACAGGUACGAAGGUGGCUGCCACCCUCUCCUAG